CUUUUGGACUGCUGAGAACAGAGCAUGCUUCAGUGACAGCUGCCUCUGGAAGGAGCUGGAAUCACCUGAAGUUCCCAAGACUUGAAGACAGAUCCCCGGAGGAUUCAGCACCUGUUCAGCCUAAUUGCAGCCUCUGUGGGCAUCUAAAACUGACUCAUCUCUGCUGUUUCCUCUCACUCUUCUGUUUACCGACCUCAGAAUAGUCCUGUUUAGAAGCCCUUUAAAACCAACAUGCUGAUUGAUUCUUUCUGCUACAGAGGGAAGGAGAAAAGAAGGAAGAAAGAGAAAUAGAGAGAAGGAAAAAGAGAAGGGGAAGAAGAGAAAAAGGGAGGAAGAGUUUGAAACAGAGAGAAAACCUUGGAAGUGUUCCAUUGCUGUGGCAGACCCCAAAUGUGGCAGCUUCUCGCAGCAGCAUGCUGGAUACUUCUUCUUGGGCCUCUAUAUGGUUGUCACAAGAAAGGAAGCAUCACAAAUCCUGAAGCUCAUAUGAAUAUUAGCCAAGUUAUUUCGUACUGGGGUUAUCCUUAUGAAAAUUAUGAUGUUGUGACAAAAGAUGGCUAUGUCCUCGGAAUUUACAGGAUUCCUCAUGGGAGAGGAUGUCCAAGAACAGAUCCAAGACCUGUUGUGUAUUUGCAACAUGGCUUAGUUGCAUCUGCCAGUAACUGGAUUUGCAACUUGCCCAACAACAGCUUGGCUUUCCUUCUAGCAGAUACUGGUUAUGAUGUGUGGAUGGGGAACAGCCGGGGAAAUACCUGGUCCAGAAAACACUUGAAAUUCUCACCCAAAUCACCAGAAUUCUGGGCCUUCAGUGUGGAUGAGAUGGCUAAAUAUGAUCUUCCAGCCACGAUUGAUUUUAUUGUAGAGAAAACUGGACAGGAGCGACUCUUCUAUGUGGGCCACUCCCAAGGCACCACCAUCGCUUUCAUAGCAUUCUCUACAAAUCCAGAGCUGGCUAAAAGAAUUAAAAUAUUUUUUGCAUUGGCUCCAGUCAUUACAGUGAAAUACACCCACAGUCCUCUGAGAAAAUUAACAAAUCUUUCCAGAGAAGGAGUCAAGGUGUUAUUUGGUGACAAGAUGUUCUCGCCUCAUACAUUUCUUGAACAAUUCAUUGCCACCAAAGUGUGCAACCAGAAGCUAUUUCAUCGUAUUUGCAGCAACUUCCUAUUUUCUUUUUGUGGAUUUGAUCCAAAAAACUUAAACAUGAGUCGCUUGGAUGUUUAUUUGGCACAUAGUCCGGCAGGAACAUCUGUUCAGAACAUGCUACACUGGGCCCAGGCGGUUCAUUCUGGUGUGUUCCAAGCUUUUGAUUGGGGAAACCCUUAUCAGAACAUGAUACACUUCCAACAGUUUACGCCUCCCUUAUACAACGUCACUAAGAUGGAAGUGCCAACAGCAAUGUGGAGUGGUGGACAUGACAUUGUGGCUGAUCCCAGGGACAUUGAAAGUUUACUCCCGAACAUCACCAGACUUAUUUAUUACAAAUGUAUUCCACACUACAAUCAUGUCGAUUUUUACCUUGGACAGGAUGUUACCCAGGAAAUUUACCAGCACCUAAUUAGAAUGAUGGAGGACUAUUGCUAAAAUUAAACACACUUACCUUUUCCUAAGCAGCAAGUUUCCAUGAUAAUAAUGUGGCACACAGACCCAAAGGUGACCCCUCCAAUGAUUUUUACCUCCUCAUGUCCAUGCAUUUGUGUAGCUCACCUUCCUUGAGUUAGGGAAGCACCUGAGACUUGCUCCUAGAAUUGGCAAAGGUGACGGGAUGGCACACCCUUAAUUAGAUUAUGUUUAUGGCAAAGGUGCUGGGAUGUCAUUC